AUGUUUAAUAUAUUACCAUGAAGUAGGCAUUAUAUAAUAUUUCUGAUUAAAUACUUACCUGUUUAUAUAUUUUGUUCAUUAUAGAAAAUAAUACAAGGUAGGUAGUUAUGCGAUUUAGAUUUUACUUCUACACAAACAAUCAUGGAGAAACGGACAAUUCUAUGGUACAUGACUUUCUGGGGAUUUGCUAUUAAUUACAUGUUUCGAAUGAAUAUUAAUAUAGCCAUCGUUUCAAUGAUUAAACAUUCAAUAUCGAAAACUAAUGUUACGAUUAUAUAUGAGUGUCUUAGGCACACCGAAUCGUUGAAGUUAAACAAUUCUAUUGCACAAAUAUCUUCAGUGGAUCUAAAUGAUAAUAAAUUUGAAUGGGACGAAUAUCAGCAAAAUUCAAUACUGGGUGCAUUUUUCACAUUACAUGUAAUCAUGCAAAUACCAGGUGGAGUUUUGGCACAACGAUAUGGUACAAAAACCGUUUUUGGUAUCAGCAACGGUGUGGCAGCUGUAUUGUCUUUUGCAGUACCUGCAUCUGCAAAAUUCAACUAUAAAGCACUCGUGUUAGUUAGAAUUAUUCAAGGACUUAUAUCCGGUGCUGCGUGGUCUUCAAUGCAUACAAUGACUGCUAAAUGGAUACCACCACACGAGAGAAGUCGAUUUGUUUCAGCAUACCUAGGAAGUUCGGUCGGUACAGCAGUAACAUAUAUCAUGUGUGGAUAUCUUAUCGCUUCGUUUGGUUGGGAGAGUGUAUUUUAUGUUAGCGGAGGACUAGGUCUAUUGUGGGCUAUUUGUUGGAUUUUACUAGUCUAUGAUACUCCUGCCAAACACCCUACUAUCAGUAUAAGAGAAAGAACAUAUAUAGAAAAUUGCCUUGGUAAAACCAUACAAACUAGAUCAAAACCGUUACCGAUACCUUGGAAAUCAAUUCUUUCAUCCAAAGUAGUGUGGAUUAAUUUAGUCACUCAAGCUGGAGGUAUCUGGGGUUUAUUGACACUUGCAGCUCAAGCUCCAUCAUAUUUUAACUUUGUCUUAGGUUUAAAUGUUAAACAGACAGGUUUAUGGUCUGGAAUGCCUCAUUUUGUACGAUGGGUGUUUGCUUUUGGAUAUAGCAUGAUAAGUGAUCAUUUAGUGAAAUCUCAAAAAAUGUCUCUGACCAAUGUACGAAAGUUGGCGACAUGCUUUGGAAAUAUUUUACAAGGGUUUUUCAUUUUGGGUCUUUGCUAUUCUGGAUGUAAUUCAUUGGUUGCAAUAAUCAUGCUUUUUAGCGCGACUGCCGUAAACGGUGCAGUAUCUUCUGGGACACUUGCUGCAAUAGUGGACAUUGCUCCAAACUAUGCAGGAGUGAUUCUAGGAAUUACUGGAACUGUUGGCUCUACUUCUGGAUUCAUUUCACCCUUAAUUGUUGGUUAUUUUACCUUACACCAGCAAACAUUGAGUCAAUGGUGUAAAGUAUUUCAUUUGUCUGGAGCAAUAUGCAUAGGUACUGGAUUAAUUUACAUAUUUUUCGGAACAUCAGAAAUACAAAAAUUUAAUACAUACGAUGAUUCAAUUUCAAAUGAAAAAGAAUUGAAAUUAAUCGUUAAGAAACCUAAUAAUUCUUAAAAUUUGGAUAUAUAGGUUUUUUGGUUUAUGUAAUAGUCUAAAAGAAUUAAUUACUUUAAUUUUUACAUUAUUCAUGUAUAACACAUAAGUAGAGCCCGGAUUUAUAUGCAGUAAAAAUCAUUAAAAUAUGCAACUAAUAUGCAGUAAAAAUCAUUAAAAUAUGCAACAAAUAUACAGUGAAAUUCAUUAAUUUAAACAACAAAUAUGCAUUUACAAAAUUUAUAUUUAAAAAUUCAAAUUGUAAUAAGUAGGUAUGAAAACAAUAUAAGAUGAUAAAAUAUUAUGAAAUAUAAAUGUAUAAAUAAUAACACGUGUAAAUAAAUACAUAAAUAUUACUGCUUAAAAAUCAAAGAAAAUAUACAACUCAAAAUGUGCUUUUAUUUUUUUUUUUUGUUAAAAUUAAUUAUUAAAUGAUAUACAAGUUUUUUUUGGUAAAACUAUGCCGUCUAUUUGUUAAUAAAUGAUUAUAUAUCGAAAUUGAUCGUUCACAAUCAACUGAAGUUAUUGAGGCAAAUUUAAAAGAGCUUAAAAUAAUUAGAUCUUGAUAGUUCUUAGAACUAUAUAUAACAACUAUAUGUAUUAUAAAAUUAAAUGUAUUACACCUAUAAUGACGGUAUAACGAUUAGAUUACAUCAGAUGAACAAUUUCUUGCAUUACCUCAACUAUUUCUAAUGUAUAUAAAAUAUUUUACAUAAAAUAAGUAUUUUAAAUUAAGAUUAAACAGUGUCGCUAAUUCCACGUUCUAACGGCCAAAUUUUUUUUAGCGACAGCGAAUUUAUUGAAAUAUGCAACACAUAUGUAUUAACGGUCAAAAAUGCAAAAAUAUGCAAAAUAAAAAUGAAACAGUGAAUUCCAAUUAGUGUGAUUCGUGAAGAUUAUAUACAAAAAUAUUAAAAGUGAAAAGGAAAAAAAUAUGCAAAAACAUACAAAUCCGGGCUUUACACAUAAAUAUUAUUCUUAGUAAUCUGAAAAAUUUAAAUAUAUGACAUUUUUAUUUGAGGAUAGACAUUAAAUAUAAUAAUAAGUAAACUUUAUUAUUUGAUUUAUUAUGUAUCAUGAAGUUGUGUUCUUAAUAAUUAUUAAUUAUACAAAUAUAUAGUAAUUAUUAAAUAUAAAUGUAUCUAUUACCAUUCACCAGUGCUACUUGUAUUUAAAAUUACUUAAAAAAUAAUUGUAAUUAUGUUGGCCAUUAUUAUUAAUAAAAAAUUAAUGUUCAAGAUAAAUCUAAUUAUAACAUAAAUUAUUGUACAACCACCAAAUAUUGAUUUAUUUUAUUAUAUGAAUAAUUACUUUAAUUUUUGUUGUCAACAUAAAAUUAAGAUAGGCCGUAUGAUAUGAGUAAAAUAUAAGACCACCGAUAUAUCCACUGUGAAAUGGCCUCCUACGUAAAAGACCCACAAUAUUGUUUUGUUUUUAGUUGUCCAAUUCUCAGUAGUGUAUAUUAUCUAGUCUAAUUUACUCGAAUAUGAUCGUUCACCUAAUAUGGACUCAAAUGAUUAUGUAUAUUAAAAAAUAUCCAAAUGCCAAAUAUAAAUAGAUAAUUUCUUGAAAUUCAAAGCAUGAUAAAAAUAUUGAAUGGUAGUCUAUCCAUCCAUCACAUCCCAUCUCUAAAUAAUCCACUGGUUCUUUAUACAACCUUGGUAUGAUUAUCUGAAAAUGAAAGUGAAAAAUGGAAAUAAUUAAGAAGAGUAGAAAAAAAACUA